UGUUUGUUUUUAUGCACUUUCAAACUGUUUGUGUUUACUUUAACCUGAGGUAAUUUACAAAACAUUGUGACAGCAGCAUCAUUUGGACACGACGUGCAUCACCAAAAAAUUCAAUGUUUGUGACGCACUAAAUACCCAGUAUGGCUUUGAGAGUACUAUCUUGGAAGACCCUUUUUAUUCUGGGACUUUGUCAAGUUGGACGCAGGACUUUGGUCUCGGCUGCAGACAACAAAGAGCCACCGAAAAAAAUAGCAAUAAUUGGGGGAGGCAUUGGAGGCACAGCGGCUGCUUAUUUCCUGAGACAAGAGUUUGGCCCAGUAGUAAAGAUUGAAGUGUUCGAGUCGGGAAUUGUAGGAGGUCGUCUGGCCACUGAGAACAUCGGAGGAUACGACUAUGAGACGGGAGGAUCCAUUAUUCACUCUCUCAACCUGCACAUGAAACACUUUGUGGACAAACUCGGACUGUCUCCAAAACCUGAAAUACCUUCUAAAUUGGCAAUAUUUGAUGGAAACGAACUGACCUUUGAAGAAAGCGACUGGUACAUAGUGAAUGUCAUUCGCAUGCUGUGGAGAUACGGAUUGAACUACAUUCGUAUGCAUAUGUGGGUGGAGGGAGUCCUGGACAAGUUCAUGAGGAUAUAUCAAUACCAACAGUUCGGCUACUCCUUCUCUAGUGUGGAGAGACUUCUGCAUGCUAUGGGUGGAGAUGAUUUCCUCUCUCUGGUCAAUCACACAUUAGAGGAGGCCAUGUUGGCUGAGGGUUUCUCUCAGGUUUUUCUCAAUGACAUCGUAACGCCCAUCACGCGAGUCAACUACGGUCAGACCGUCAGACUGCAUGGAUUUGUGGGUGCUGUAGCUUUAGCAGGAGCUGGGUCAGAUUUGUGGGCAGUGGACGGAGGAAAUAAAAGAGUUUGUUCUGGGCUUCUGUACAACAGCAAAGCUGAACUUAUCCCGGCACGUGUGACCUCCAUCACUAUGAAGAUGAGACCGUCCAAAACUGGUCCAGCUGGAAAUUUCUAUGAAGUGAAUUACGUCGGUGAGUCUGGUGCCGCCCAUGGCAUGUACGACAUAGUUAUAGUAGCCACGCCUCUCCAUCAGGGCUUAUCUGAGAUCAACUUCUCAGGCUUUUCCCCUCCUAUUCCAUCUCAUUUCCCUGGCCAGUACCACAAAACGGUAGCCACGCUGGUCCACGGCCUGCUCAAUGUGUCUUAUCUGGGUGUCACAGAAAAGCCUGAAGAGUUUUUCUUUUCUGAUGUGUUCACAACGGAUAACAAAGCCGUCGUCAUCCAAAGCUUGAGCUCCUUAGUCCCGGUCCACGUUCCCAAAGACUACUCCCGUACUCCGGCCAGCCAAAGCCAAGUGUGGAAGGUAUUUUCCUCUGAAUCAUUGCCUCAGGAGGAACUGAAGAAAAUCUUUAUCUCUUGGGACUCCGUGUCGGAGACGCCCUGGCUCGCGUAUCCCUCCUACAGCCCGCCGCACCGCGGUACACCUCCGUUCAUCUUGCACGACCGCCUCUACUAUCUCAAUGCCAUAGAGUGGGCAGCUAGCGCCAUGGAGAUGAGCGCCAUCUCUGCCCGUAAUGUGGUCCUGCUCGCACACCACCGCUGGUACCAACAGACAGACAAAAUCGACCAGGAGGAUCUACACACCAAAAUUAGAAGUGAACUGUAACAGUGAAGCAGUGCAUUUUAUAGAAAAUGAUUUAUAAGCAAGACAAUCUGUAAUAGAGGCUAUAAAGUGAUUUAUUCAUUAGAAUUGCUGUACUAAUUUAUACUGAUGAAAAGUUUUGACCUUAACAAAAAAAUCUACAUUCUUUUUUAUAAUUUCCCUCUAUGAUCCCCUGCAAAUAUGAUCUGUGACAUGGUUGAAAGAAAUUACGUCUUCUGAAUUAUGACUUGGAUGUUUAAAGAUUUUUAUGCCGGUCAUUUAUGAUUAAAGUAUACAGGCUUCCCUAUUCAAAGCUAUUAAAAAUGAUAGUCCACCGAAAA